ACUUGAAAGACGGCAUGUCGUCCAUUCCCGUGCUCGGCGCUGCAGGCGGCAAGGGAGGCAAAGGUACGCAGCACACACUGACAGCAGCCGGGCAGACACAGCGGCAAGCACAGAAUCCCGGAUCUUUGUGCCUGUGUCUUGUGCUGCAGUCGGCGGCAAGGGCGGCAAAGUUGGCGGCAAGGUCGGGGGGAAGGGCGCUAAAAUCGGAUCAGGUGACUCACCCACAUCACCACACACCAGCGGCAGGCACGUCGUUUCUGUCUGUCUGUGUGGAUUGUGGCCUGCAGGCAAGUCCAAGAAGCAGCCUCUGUCUCGGUCAGCACGCGCCGGUCUGCAGUUCCCAGUGGGCCGUAUCCACCGGCUGCUCAAGUCACGCGUGAGCUCAUCCAGCCGUGUGGGCGCCACCGCCGCCGUCUACUCGGCCGCCAUUCUCGAGUACCUUACCGCUGAGGUGCUCGAACUCGCCGGCAAUGCGUCCAAAGAUCUCAAAGUCAGUGACACAGCACCCGCAACACCACGCGCAGCACACCGUUGCCCUGAUUGGUAUCCUGUGUUGUGUGUGGGAUGUGUGUGUAGGUGAAGCGUAUCUCUCCGCGGCAUCUGCAGCUGGCGAUCAGGGGUGACGAGGAGCUGGACACUUUGAUCAAGGCGACCAUUGCGGGUGGCGGUGUGAUUCCGCACAUCCACAAGUCGCUCAUGAAGAAGUCGGGCGGCGGGGCCGGCGGCCAAAAGGGCAAGGGCGGACAGAAGGGACAGCCGCAGGAAUGAACGAGUAGAAGCAUCGGUCGAUACACCCGUGUUCGUGGCUGUGCCUGGGUAAGUGGCUGUAUGGUUGUUUUCGUUCGGUGUCUGUGUGGUGUGUGGUUGGGUGUGUUUUGAGUGAAUUGCAUGGACGGACGUGGUGUGGGGUGGCGGAUCCAUCGCCGCAUUUGUAGCGUGAGCGCAGCCAUGUGGCUGGCAAGCCCAGGUGUAUCUCGGUGUGGUGGGUGUCUGUCUGCCUCCCUGCCUGCCUGCCUGACAAGAAAGCUUGGCUGUGUACACGCGUUUUUCUUUUCGCUACACGUGGGCAUCUAUCUGCCUAUGCCUUUU